AUGCUCUCCUCACGGGGCGCGCGCCUCCCCCGCCUGGCCGGGGCUGCGUUCGCCGAGUCGAGCAAGCAGGCCGAGCGGCGUGCGGCGCUGCCGCACCUUCACAGUAUUGGCAGUGUCAGCCAGCGAGCCAGAGACCUCUCGACCAGCACAGGGCGAUAUACUGCCAUGGCAUUUGCUAGCCAACCACACGACGAAGCCGAGACCCAUAAAGGCUUUGGCAUCGACCAUCGACCGCCCCCACCACCACCAAUGCCUGUAGCUGGGCUCGCACCUGAACCAGAACCAGAACCCGCACCACUCGCCGAGAACCUCGCCCUCUCCAAUGGGCGAUCCCGGCGACCCAACCCCGGCGCAGGAGCAAUGACUCGCCCUGCAGAUGGUGGCCCGCCGCCUCCUUACGAUGGUGACGAUCUUCGACCCGUCGAGCGAUUCCGGCGGCGCGUAGUGUACGAUCCUGUCGGCGCAAUGCUGUGGUUGCGCGAAUGGUCACAACCAGACCUUUUCACCAUCACAACCAAAGAUCUCCGGGUCAUGAUCUACAACCUCGUCACGCAGGUACAUCCAUCACCACAGCUGCGCGCGUCUAUCGAUCCCAUCGCCGCAAACGAGGCGCUCCGAAUCGUGCGCGCGCUGCUGUUUGCUGAACCCCAUCGCGUACACAAGCGGCCCGAGGCAUCCCAGUUCAUUGGAUACAACCUCAAGGGACGGACGUUGCGCGGACUGUUCCAGAUCGCGAUCGUCUUUGGCGCACAGCAGUUCAUCGCUGAACUAUUUGCGGAGCGUAUGAGCGAGUUCAUUCGCACGGGACGCGAGCUGCUCAACUGGGAGUGGCUGGUUAAGGACCUUGCGGGUGCAGGCGAGUGGCAGCUCGCAACUGACCUUUUUCCAGGACCAGGCGCCAACCACCCAACCGACAAGUACGCGCCGCAGGUCGGCGGACUCCCCGCCUCGCUGUACACACCCCGCCUCGUCUCGAUCCUCAUGACCGCCAACCUGGUCUUACAGCAGCCCUGGCGGGCCGUCCAGCUGUUCAGCCUGAUCCCGCCAAAUGAAGCGGGCGAGGAGGCACUCUGCGGCCUGAUCAAGGCGCAUCUCCAGCUCGGUGACGUCGCGUCCGCCAAGCGCGCCGUACACGUCGCGAGUGUUGCCGGCAUCGACCCGGACAACGUCCAGCUCGCCCUGCUCGAGGGACACCGCAUGCUCGGCUCUGACCCACAGCUCGCUGAGCGCGUGCGGCACGACCUGAACCGCCUCGGUCUCGCCCCACGCGUCAACCUCGCUAAUGCCUUGGGGAAACUGUGCAUCGACUCGGGCGACCUCGAUGGUGCCGAGGGCCUGAUCGCCGAAAUUUACGAGCUCGAGCGCACUGGCCAGCUCGAGGAACAGCGGCGCGAACUGGACGAGACUGCGCUUCUCGCACUCAGUAUUGCGUCACGGAGAGGCAAUAUCGAGGGCGUCAAGCAGGCUUGGGCACUCUUUUCCCACCGUCCCGAGUCUGUCACAGACAAGGUUGUCGCACAAUUGUGCCGCGCAUUGAUACGCCUUGGGCGUGGACAGGAGUCUGCCCUCAUACUCGAGGCGGCGGUUACUCACAACCACUCGCGCUCGCCAUGGCCGAUCCCCUCCGCGUUCGUGCCUUCGAUUCUGACUGGCAACGCCGUGCUCGAGGCCGUGUGCGUGUCGCACAACUAUCAGGCGAUGUUGGACGUUCUCGUCCUCAUGCGGGCGGGUGGGAUCGAGCCCGACAGCCGCUCCGUGGUCCUCGCCCUGAAAUUGGCGAAAACGACCCUUCUCAGCUCGCCGACCGCUCUCACCCAACUGCUUGAGGGCAUCCUCGAGCGCACGCGCGACCAGCCGACCGUCGACCAGAUCAACGUCAUCCUCACCGAGGUUGUACGCAUCGCUUCCCGCCAGCCAAAGUACCAGGAGAAGUAUCUCGAGGCCAAGCCUGGGCGAACGUCGCUCGAUUCCCCAAGCUCAGGCAUAGAGACGCGCGGUGCACUCCGACACAUGCUCGCCAAGCAGAUUGAGAUUCUCAAUGAUUCAGGACAGCGGAGCACGGGCAAGUCGUUGUCAAACCGACUGCUGUACGACGCAUUGGCAAUGGACGGCGUGUGGCCCGUCCAGUCGGUACAGAAGACUUGGCAGUCGUUCAUCCUGCGCGGCUUCCGGCCCAAAGCGAGCCACUACCUGACUCUUCUGCAGGCGUACGCGCGCAUCGGGGCGAUGACCGAGGCCGAGCAGACGUACGCUUUGGCAACGGAUACGCGACAGAGCGAGCACAUGCCCCCAACGCCAGAGGUCGAGCGCCUGAUGCUGACCUCCCUCGUACAGGGUUGGGCACACGCGGGUAACCUCCAAGCCGCGCGGCGGGUGUACAUGGCCAUCCGCACCCUCCCGUGCGGAGUGGACGCGACGGCACUCGAAGUCCUCGUCAACUCGCAUGUAAUGGCCGACCAGCCAUCGCGUGCUGUCACCUUGGCACGACAAGACAUUGCCUCCGUCGACCCCAACGAGCGCCUCGUCGUGACGGUCGCCCAUGCAAUCCGGCGCGACCGCGACGUGCCUGGCUGCAUCUACUUCAUAUCCCACUUUACGCAGCGGUGGAAGGCGGGUGCGGCACCCACCGACGCCUUCUGUGAGGGUGUACCGGGUCACGGAGCGACCUGGGAACUCACGCCCAAGCUCCUCGGCAUUGUGCGCAAGGCGCUCAACUAUCUCAACAAGCGGCCGGUCGACUCUAUGAACGACCGGACGCGCGAGGCGUUGAUCCUCGCCCGCCGGAUGCUUGCGGACGACGAGGUCGCACGCCCGUUCCCCCGCGGACGGAGGCGUCUCGGCGUGCGUGUCCGUGAGCGCCUUGCGGACGCCAUGGACAUAUCGCGCAACGACCGUAUCACUGCUGCCAUGGCGGCGGACGCGGCGCGGCAGACAUACGCCGGCAAGGGCGAGUUGUAA